AUGGCGGCUCGGCUGCUCCAGAGGAUGCUCAGGAGCCACCUCCUCCUCUUCCACUCCCUGCCACGGAGCUCCAGUGUCUACAGCAGCACAGGCAGGGGCUCUCUGACUAAACAAUCUGAAGCAACUGCUGCUACAGACUGGAAAAAAAAAUUGACUCCAGAGCAAUUCUACGUUACAAGAGAAAAAGGAACUGAGCCGCCAUUCAGUGGGAUCUACCUGAAUAACACAGAGCCAGGAAUAUACUGCUGCGUGUGCUGCAAUGCUCCACUCUUCAGCUCAGCAAAGAAGUACAACUCUGGGACUGGAUGGCCUUCGUUCUCUGAGGCUUAUGGUGCUUGUGGCAGAGAUGAGAGCAACACCAAUGUCAUGAGACGAAUGGAUAAGUCGCUGGGCUCAACUAGAACUGAAGUCAUCUGCAAACAGUGUGAUGCCCACCUAGGCCACGUGUUUGAUGAUGGCCCCGCACCUUCUGGCCAGAGGUUCUGUAUCAACAGCCUUGCCUUAAACUUCAAACCAGGCUCUGCUCAGUGAGAAGUGGAUCUCUGUGGCUUACAGAACAUCCUUUCACUGCUUGUACAGCAAACUUUUGAGAAACUUGCAUGUUUUUAAUAAGGAACUCAAAUUCUGGUAGUUCUGCCACUGCAGUGGUGCUCUUCAGCUCUUACCCAUGUCAAUAAAAGACAUCUUUUGGUGGUAACUCUUUGGCAGCCUGCCAGAGGUUAGUGUGAUGUAAGUGCUGAUCU